AUGUCCCAUAUCAUCCGCCGAUUUAUUUCCUACGUUGGGAAGGUCAAAUUGAGCGACUUCACGGUCGCAGAUCACAUGACCCUUGUUGACAAGUAUUGCAAUGAUCAGGAAACACGGGAUCCUCGUAUCAAACAAGCCUCGAUCCAGGGAACGGAGUUACACCCAUCGCACAAGGACCCAACCGACCCAAAGAAGGUCAUUUCUAUCCAGUUUCUGGACGCUGAUGGAAAGAGGGUAGGAACGGGACAUCUCCAUGAUGAUGGAACCUCGAAGUUUCGCUACAAACAGAAGCCUCCCUCUGAAUCGCCCUCUGGUGGAUUUGAGUAG